AGAUAUUAAAUCCGUAGCCGUAGGGUUUGAAGGUGUUCUUACUUUUGUUUGUUUGUUCAAGCCACAAAAAUGGGAAAAGGUUUUAAUAAUUACAUGUGUAAAAAGUUUUUCCACCCUGCUUCGAGGGAUAACUUAAAGCGAGUAUGGAUGGCAGAACAGAAAACAGAUGCAUACAAGAAAAAACAAGAGGAAUUAAAAGUACAAUAUGAAAGAGAACAGGAAUUACAUGAAAACAAGGCUUUGUUGAGCAAAGAUAGUAAAGACAAACUCAGUCUCAACUUUAUGUAUGAGCCGCCACCAGGUGUUAAAAAGGAGCGUGAAAGAGAAGAUAACGAACCAGAGUACAAGUUUGAGUGGCAGCGGAAAUACAAUGCACCUAGAGAAAGUUACUGCAAGGGUGACAAUGAAAUCAGAGACCAGCCGUUUGGCAUUCUGGUGAGGAAUGUGCGAUGUAUCAAGUGCCACAAAUGGGGUCACAUUAAUACAGAUAAAGAAUGUUCCAUGUACUCUCUAUCAAUGAGCGAGGCCCGUGCACUUCAAGCUUCCACAUCAGCCCCUGAAGAAGAGGAGGAAAAGCCCGACGUUCCGACCUUGAUGCAGCACAUGAGAGACUCUGGGCUGGUCAUGAAGCCCGGGGCUCUGCCUCUUGCUGCCACCAGAAUCGAGGACAAUGAAGGCGGAGCUAAUCUGACUGAAAUGGACUUGAUAAGCCAGUUAACUAAGAAGCAAAAGAAGAAGUUGCUGAAGAAGCUGGAAAAACUUGAGGAGAAGAAACACAAAAAAUCAAAGAAGGACAAAAAACACAAAAGGAAGUCAAGGGACAGAGAUUGAACUUUUAAUCCUUAACUU